GAAAAACUGCAUUAUACAUGUAAUAUGCUACACUCAUGAUCAAUAUCUAAUUCAUUAGGUUCAUGGCUAUAUAACAAAGUGUAUACUCUAUUUCUGCAGUAAAUAACUGAAGGAUAUAAUAGUUAGCUACAGGAAGAUUUCUCAAAUGAGUAGUUUAUCAUCAAAAUAAUAAGUUUUGUUAGUUCAGUCUUGUGAAAGAAAGGAUGGAAAGGAAUUAUACUUUUACUGGGGAGUUUAGUCCUGAGGCAGUAGCAGGAGUUCUUAGUAUUGAGAUGAUACUAGCUCUCAUAGCUAAUGUUGUUGUACUGGUGAUUACCUUUUAUCAAAAGAAGUCCUUCAAACACUCAUCAACAAUAUUCUUUACUUCUCUCAUACUGGCACACCUUGCCUUAACUCUGCUGUAUCUUCCAUUCACAAUCACUUCAUUAUUUGCUGGUGAGUGGAUCAUUGGUAGCACUGAUGAUGAGAAGCAAGGAACCUGUGAUUUCAGUGCUUUUAUGAUCAUCACUUCUGCUUACAUCAUGUAUAUGACACUGAGUCUCAUAUCAAUCGAUCGGUUCCUUUUUAUUGUAAAGCCUCAUCUCCACAAGCGGUUCAUGAGUCCAAGGGUAGCUCUGGUCCUUGUCAUUAUUGUGUGGAUAGUCAAUUCUAUCUUUUUCUCUUCAGGAUUCAUUGAUGAAUCUGGUAUAGCAUACUGGUACGUGGCUCCUCUAGGAAUCUGUAAUGCUCUUACCAUCAGUCAAGCUAUGGCAGUCAUUCGGUUUCUAGUGAUAUUAAUCCUGUUAGGCAUCAUUGUCGUUACAUCAAUUUGGACAUUUUGUUUCACUCGUAAGUUUAUUAAUAAUCAGUCAAUGAUAGUAGGAGAGAGUGUCUAUGCUUCAAAAAAGAAGAGGUUGUUUGGGAUAUUUGGGUCCAUGCUACUCGUCUAUGGGAUAUGCUUCAUUCCAGGUGCUUUCUUGUCCUCAUUUUUAGCAAUACUUGAUGCUCCUGGCACACUUAUAAUUUCUUCCCUUGUGUUUUUCAUCUUAGCUUUGGUCUUGAGUCCAGUUGUUCAGUCAUACUUCAGGCCAGAGAUUAAAAGUGUCAUUGUUCAAAUUUGUCGUAAGAUGAUGCGUAAACCUAAUUCAACUGCAUCAAAGAAUUCAGCGGUCACUCGUGAUACAAACGUCGAUUCAGUCACUUGAUUCUUGAACUUUAAUUAAACCUUAUAACAUCACUGACUAUGAUAACUUUAUCAAUAAUCAUACUUUUAUGAGACUUUUGCAUUAAUAGUACUUGUGUUGCAUAUAUGAGAAUAUAAUUAUUGU